UUUCCGAACUAUAAUUUUACUUAUUUCUAGGUUAUGUUAUUUUUAUAAUACUUUUAAGUAAAUAAAAUACCGAUAAAAAUAUUUUCACUUUAAAUUUGGUUGGAAUGUUAAAAUAAAGAAGAAUAUUUUAUCAUGUCUAAAUAUUCCUUGAAGUGAAGUACGUAAGGUCACAAGUUCAAUACUGCGUUUUUGAAUUGGGAUGAGCAUGAUUAAAAGUAUACAGAGACUACUAGCGAGGUGUGCGAGACGAGGGAUCGUGCUGCAGACUGGACGAAAAUGGCAGUGUGUGCACACACCUGGCACUGCUCACAUCCCCACGCUAGCUGCCAGCUUGCAUCAGGAAACCGGAUCCCUGUCGGUGAACUCAUUUGCACAGCGCAGCCACACGUGCGGUGAGCUGAGAGCUGAGCACGAGGGCGAGAAGGUGCGGCUGUGUGGCUGGCUGGAGUUCCGGCGCAUGGGCCGCUUCCUGACGCUGCGCGACGCUUACGGCUCCACGCAGCUGGUGUUGCAGGACCAGAGCAUGCUGCAGGAAGAAGUGCCCUACGAGUCGGUGGUGGCAGUGACGGGUGUGGUGGGGCGUCGUCCACGGGGCCAGGAGAACCCCAGAAUGGCGACUGGACAGAUCGAAGUGUCUGUAAAGGAGUUGACUGUGCUGAAUGCUGCUGAGGAAAAGCUUCCGUUCUCUGUGCGGAAGUUCAAUCAGGCCAAGGAGUCACUGCGCAUGAGACACAGAUACCUGGCCCUGCGGUUCCCGGAGAUGCAGCGUAAUCUGCGCAUGCGCUCGUCUCUGCUGCUGGCCAUGCGCACGUUCCUGUGCACGCAGUGUGGCUUCGUGGACGUGGAGACACCCACGCUGUUCCGGAGGACCCCUGGGGGUGCCCAGGAGUUUGUGGUACCCACACGGAUCGCUGGCCACUUCUACUCCCUGGUACAGUCCCCGCAGCAAUUCAAGCAACUGCUGAUGGCAGGUGGACUGGAUCGCUACUGCCAGGUGGCACGCUGCUACCGCGACGAGGGAGCUCGCCCCGACCGGCAGCCAGAGUUCACCCAGCUGGACCUGGAGAUGUCGUUUGCGGACCGCGACGGCGUGCUGGCGCUGGUGGAGCAGCUACUGCGCCAGUGCUGGCCCGGCGACUGUGGCAGCUUGUCCGUGCCGUUCCCCAGGAUGAGUCACCGCGAGGCGCUGGACCGCUACGGCACCGACAAGCCGGACACUCGCUUCCCCGUGCAGCUGCAGGACCUGACGGAGGAGAUGCGCUUGUCGGCGGACAGCAUGCUGGGGACUGCCUCGGACGCCACCGUGCAGGCUCUGGUGCUGCCCGGGAGCCUGGCUCGCUGGCCGGCCGUGCUGGGCGGAGAGCAGGAGCAGACGGCGAGGGCGCAGUUCCCGCGCACGCGGCUGCUCACGGCGAGCGUGGUGCCGGGCGGCGACUGGGAGCACGGCCUGCGCCAGGUGUUCACGGCGGAGAGCGUCGACGGGCUGGCACGGCGCCUGCGCCCGGGGGACGUGCUGCACCUCGCCGUGGGACCGCGCGACGAUGCCCUGCAGCUGCUGGGGCGCAUGAGGCUGGCCCAGGCGGAGGCCGCGGAGGCCCGGGGAGCCAGCGUGCGGGCUGAGGGGUUCCACUUCCUGUGGGUGCUGGACUUCCCACUGUUCCACGAGGAGCCCUCGGGCGAGAUGGCGAGCCUGCACCACCCCUUCACCCGGCCGCACCCGGAGGACGCAAGCCUGCUGCCCCACCGCCCCCUCCAGGUGAGAGGACUGCACUACGACCUGGUGCUGAACGGCUGCGAGGUGGGAGGCGGCUCGGAGCGCAUCCACGACGCAGUCCUCCAGAGACAGGUGCUGGGACUGCUGGGCAUCGACCCCGGCUGCCUGCAGCACCUGCUGGACGGACUGGCCAGCGGCUGUCCCCCGCACGCCGGCAUCGCUCUGGGCCUGGACAGACUGGUGGCGCUCAUGUGCGGGGCGGACAGCAUCAGGGACGUGAUGGCCUUCCCCAAGGGCGUGAGCGGCAGGGACGCCAUGUCGGGGGCCCCCGUGCCCCUCUCCCGCUCCGAGCUGGAGCUGUACCACUUGCGCCCCGCCACGCCCAGCUGACCUGGCUUACCUCAGUUACCUCGUCUCACGAGUGUACACAACACGCAAUAAAACUUAUCUGAACUACCUU